AUGAAUUGUACUUCUUUAUCUUGGUCAACAAGUACAGCUGAUGAUCUUAGUCCUACUAGCAUUGUCUGUUCCAUUGGUGUUAUUAUUCAUACUAUUUUCUGGAUUCAACUUAUACCAUUUUCAUCAUUAAGACAAAAAAAUCUGAUGUGGUUAUAUGCAUAUUUAAUAACAGAUUUUUUUCUUCUAGCUCGAUUUUUUGUUUUAUAUAGUAUGCGUUAUUGGCGUAUAUGUUUAUAUUAUACAUUUCGAAUAGUCUUAUGUUAUUUUGAAGCAUCAUCAAAAUUUUAUAUUAAUACAGUACAAAAUUAUAUUUUACUUGCAUUAAAUGUAUGUCGUUGUGCACAGAUUAUUUUUAAUCGAAAUGUUUUUAUUAGCAAUCCUCGUUUAAUUAUUUUAACACAUUUUUUAAUUUAUAUAGUACCAGCACUUAAUGUCAUGAUACAAUUUCUUGGUAAUUGGACUGUAUUAUGGCGUAGAGCAGGUCAAGCUUGUGAUAUACUAUAUGUAUCCUUAUCUGUACAAAUCUUUAAUUUAUUCUUUAUCUAUCUUAUUCCAGUUACAUUUAAUCUUAUUAUUAUUGGAUUUUGUAUUCGUCAUGUAAGUUCAAUAAGAGGUAUUCGUAGUCAACAAAUAAUUAAUCGUCGUCGUAAACAGAAAAAAACUCUUUUAAUUCAAACAAUAAUAUUUUAUUCAAUUUGGCUUAUAUUAUGGAGUCCAAAUGUACUUGCUUUUCAAUUUAUAAAUGUUAAUACUGAACCUGCUAUUUAUACAUCUUUACUUAAUUAUAUAGAAAUUGCAAUAGAUCCAAUUCUUGUUGCUGCACUUGAUGUUCGAUUUUUUCAAUCAUGGAAAAUAAUAUGGCGUAAAAUAAAAGGACAUCGACAAAGAACUAUUGCUCCAAUAUUACCAGCUAAUCCUAAACAAGAAUAUUAA